CGUGUUCAUGGAAGGCAAGAUAGCUUACACAAACAACUUCACACCAGGCCACCUCAUAGCCUAUCCCUUGAAACAUCUUCACCUGCAAGAGAAAAUUUGCCCCAAUAUAUUUCUUGUUCAGACUGUAUUUUUAGACUUUACAACAACGAUAACUAACAUUGUUUUUUCUUAUAUAGUAUCCUGCAGGCAACAACCUACCCCUCUCAUUAAACACCUUGUCGAAGCCUAGCUAUAGCUUCACCUAUGUCAAUCAUUACCCUGCUGGUCUUGUUUUUGAUAACCAGGCUCUUUUUUGUCUGCUCAGAAUCCGUUAGGAGAGCUGAUUUCCCUCAUGGUUUCACCUUUGGAACAGCUUCUUCUGCUUACCAGUUUGAAGGAGCUGUCAAUGAAGGGAACAAGGGAGAUAGCAUAUGGGAUACCUUCACUAGAAAACCAGGGAAGAUUAUGGACUUCAGCAAUGCAGACACGGCUGUUGAUCAGUAUCAUCGGUUUGAGAGUGAUAUAGACUUGAUGAAGGAUUUGGGAAUGGAUGCUUACAGAUUUUCAAUAUCUUGGUCAAGAAUAUUUCCGAAUGGAGCAGGGGAAUCUAAUGUGGAAGGAAUAAACUACUACAACAGACUCAUUGAUGCUUUGAUACAGAAAGGAAUCCAGCCUUAUGUAACUCUAUAUCAUUGGGAUCUUCCACAGAUGCUUGAGGAUAAAUAUGAAGGAUGGUUGAGUAGACAGAUAGUAGAUGACUUUGAGCAUUUCGCCUUUACUUGCUUCCAAGCUUUUGGAGACAGAGUAAAACACUGGAUCACCUUCAACGAACCUCACGGUUUCUCAAUCCAGGGUUAUGACUCAGGCAUUCAAGCUCCUGGAAGGUGCUCAAUUCUUGGGGGUCUACUUUGUAAGACAGGAAACUCAUCCACUGAACCAUAUAUUGUAGCUCACAACAUCCUACUGUCUCAUGCUGCUGCUUAUCACAGUUACCGGAAAAAUUUCAAGGAAAGACAGGGAGGACAAAUUGGAAUGGCACUGGAUGCCAAAUGGUAUGAACCAAUCUCUGAAAGCGACGAGGAUAAAGAUGCAGCAAAUAGAGCAAUGGAUUUUGGGAUUGGAUGGUUCCUUGAUCCACUUUUCUUUGGUGACUAUCCUCUUUCAAUGAAAAGGCUUGUUGGAGAGAGGUUACCUCAAGUUUUACCAGAGAUGUCCAAAAUGCUACUGGGGUCUCUGGACUUCAUUGGCAUAAACCAUUAUACCACAUUAUAUGCCAGGAAUGACAGAACUCGCAUCAGGAAACUAAUCUUGCAGGAUGCUUCAUCUGAUGCUGCUGUCAUUACUACCUCUUUUCGAGGUGGAGCUCCAAUCGGAGAAAGAGCAGCUUCACGCUGGCUACGUGUUGUCCCAUGGGGCAUCAGGAAGUUGGCUAGAUAUGUGAAAGAUAAAUAUGGGAAUCCACCUGUUAUAAUAACAGAAAAUGGCAUGGAUGAUCUAAAUAGCCCAUUCAUAAACAUGAAAAAGGCCUUGCAAGAUGACAAGAGGAUAAAAUUCCACAGGGAUUAUCUGUCAAACCUAUCAGCUGCUAUAAGGGAAGACAACUGUGAUGUGCGGGGUUAUUUUGUGUGGUCUUUGCUGGAUAACUGGGAAUGGAACUCUGGCUACACCGUCCGGUUUGGACUCUACUUUGUGGACUACAAAAACAAUCUUACAAGGGUUCCAAAGGCUUCUGUUGAAUGGUUUAAAGGUGUACUCAGACCAAGUCAUUUGAGCAAUUUGAGGAACCAGAUUUAAUACUUCUUGUUGAAUCUGCAACAAUAUGUAAAUGUCACACCAUUGAAAUUCGAAAAAGAAAAUAGUAACAAAUAUAAGGAAUGAAAAAUAUACCACGACUGCAUGGAUCAA